AUGACCAACUUUACUAUCGAUCCGAACAAUGAUAUGUCUGAUCCCGACUGGAACUGGAGGUUUGCCGCCAAUGACGAUGACGGCGGCGGUGGCGGCGGUAUUGGCGGUGUCGGUGGUGGUGACGAUCCCAUUGAUACCGAGGAACUCAUACGAAACGCUGCACUAGUAUUCUUCUAUUCGCUUAUAAUAGUUGUCUCAUUGGCCGGUAAUCUACUCGUUUGUAAAGUACUAUACGAUCUAAAGGAAAGCCGUACGACAACCAACGUCCUGAUUGUUAAUCUGGCGGUCAGCGAUCUGAUGCUAACGGUGCUCAAUAUACCGUUCAAUAUAGCCAGAUUUAUACUGGAUAAUUGGCCAUUCGGCGAAACUAUGUGUCUACUGGUACCGUUCAUCCAGAGUACGACUGUCCAUUGUUCAUCCAUAACCAUGAUGGUCAUAGCCAUCGAAAGGUACCGAUCGCUUAUCUAUAAUUCGCAUGUAUCGCCCACUUGUUGGCCAUGUUCGCGGACCAGUAGCCAACACCAACAACGGCUUUGCUGGCCGUUUGUCAACAUAUUGGCCGUUAUCUGGUCGUUGGCCGCCCUGUUCUCACUGCCGCACGGCUGGCACAAUGAACUGAUCGAAAUACCUAUACAUCAUCAGCGAUCGAUAGUCCGAUGUCGGGCCGACUAUCCCGAACCCCAGCAUAUCUAUCGGCAACGUUUGACACUGGUGACCUUUAUGUCACAGUAUGUCCUACCGAUAUUGUUGACCUGCGUAUGCUAUGUACGGAUCGGUUGUUUUUUGUGGCGCAAAGAAAUUGUCGGCAAUCAUAGCGAACUGCAUCGGCUAUCGUUGUUGAGACGGAAGAAACGUCGGAUCAAAAUGUUGAUUGUAGUGGUUAUGGUGUUUGCCAUAUCCUGGAUGCCCCUACAGGUCUACCAUUUGUUGGCCGAUUUCGAGAUUAUCAAAUAUAGGUAA